GUAAUGAUAGUUGCAUGGUGUAGUGUUGGUUCCUACCAGAGAGAUUUAAAUAUGUUUUUUAGAAACAAAAAGAGAGAGACAGAGAAACAGAAUUAUUAAAGGCACACAGUAAAAGACAAAAGGUUUAGUUGUCAAGUAAGAGAAGAGAGAUCUCCAUCCAUUCGUGGAUCUCACUGGCGCCUGAGGCGCGUGUGCGUUUGGGGUUUCUCAAAAAAUAGAAAGAUGAUAGCUUGGAGAGACAGUUAUAUAGGCACCCUUUCCAUGAUCACUUCCUUCCUAAACCCAAACACAAACCCACUCAACACCACUAUAUAUUUUUUCAUUCCACUUCAUUCCCUCAACCACAACAACAUGAGAAACCCUUCAUCAACAUCAACAACCAAGAACAAGAAGACUGGUGGUGGUAGUAAUAGCACUACCACCAGCUACAAUAGCAACAACAAUAACAUUAGCAGCAAUAAUAAUGGUUCCAACACCAACACUCCAUGCUGCAGCAAGGUUGGCUUGAAGAGAGGACCAUGGACACCAGAAGAAGAUGAGGUGUUAGCCAAUUACAUCAAGAAAGAAGGAGAAGGGCGUUGGAGAACGCUCCCCAAGCGUGCUGGCCUUCUCCGGUGCGGCAAAAGCUGCCGUCUCCGCUGGAUGAACUACCUCCGCCCCUCCGUCAAACGCGGCCACAUCGCCCCUGACGAGGAAGAUCUCAUCCUCCGCCUCCACCGCCUCCUUGGCAACCGGUGGUCUUUGAUUGCUGGGAGGAUUCCUGGAAGAACAGAUAAUGAAAUAAAGAACUAUUGGAACACCCAUCUAAGUAAAAAGCUCAUUAGCCAAGGGAUUGAUCCCAGAACUCACAAACCUCUCAACCCACCAUCCAUGAAUAUCAAUAUUCCUUCUUCUUCUACUCCUUCUACUACUUUUACUGUCACUCCACCCUCUAUGCCUCCUCCAAUGAUCAUCACCAGCCACAACCCUUGUCAUGAUCUCACUCUUGUUAAUCAAGGACUUCAUGCGAUUCAUCAUUUGGGUCAACACCUCCAACCUCCCGUUUCAAACCCCUUUGAUAAUAACAACAUUAGCAAUCAAGUGGCUGCUGUCACAGAUGAUGUUUCUGCAAUGGGGUUCAUGGACAGUGAGGAUUGCAACGAUGAUAUCAACAUCAAUUAUUACUCAGAUGAUGUUUUUUCUUCCUUCCUCAACUCCUUGAUCAACGAGGAUGCUUUUGCGUCCCAGCAGCACCACGUGCAAACAGAGCUCCCCAGUGAGCGUUGCAUUCCACUGCCGUGUGAUGAUCGUGUGGAUGAUCCUCUGGUUUCAAUCACAACUGCUUCCACAUCGCAGGGUUACGAUGAUGACCUUGGGGUUCUCUGGGAAUCGCCUCUCGUGCCUUCUACUACUUUCACCCAUCACGUUAACGAUCCCAUCAUCAAGAUGGCUCAUGAUCACCAUCACCACAAUCAAUAGUAUCUACCACUCUUCUUAUCUGUUAACUGCUUCAUCAAAAACCAAGUGUCCGAGAAUACUGCGAUUUUUAUGUAUACAUGUUUUGUUUUGUAUCCUGUGAAAAGAUAUGAAGAGAAGGACAUUAGAGGAGUCAUCAAGAGGGAUCUCACAGUGAAUAAUACCCUUUGAAGCUUUGUGCUUUAAUGGAGCUGAAAGACAACUAAUGAUCCAUAUAACAGAUCUUACAUAGUGAGAUAAGAUUUUAUUGUUGCUGUGUUAUUCAUGGUUCCACAUAUGUGUAGUUGCUUUUGUUGUAUGAUACCUUUAGUCAUGGACUUGUUGA